CACAUCUGACUCACUCAGUCACAGGACUUCUGCUGGAAACUCACAACUGCCUUGUGUUAUACCGGAUAUCUGCCUUUCUUUGCUGGAUUUGGACACAGUUGGUUCUCUGAGAUGAAGGGGCAUUUUUCCAUCGAGUGGCUUUCUCAAAGCAGCCAGGCUUCGGUAUCAACCCUUCCCUCAAGCUCUUGGGUCUCUCCCGGCCAGGACGUCCCGAGCACCUCUGGCACUGCAUCUGAGAGCCUUCCUGGCUUCUACAGCAGAUGGAGACCGGAAAACAUGGAGAAUCGGGAGAAACGUAUGGAGCCAGCACAACCGGGAAACAGUUUGUUGUGUACAUCUACGCAAGAGACCGAGUCCAGUGACAACAAUAUCGUCCAGCAACACACUCACGAGCCAGGUUUCAGCAGCAGCACGGAGGAGGAGGAGACAUCAGGGUACGAGAGCGAGGGCGGCCGCUCUCUCUCACCUGGGGCCCCUAAAGAACCGGCGCCAUCAGUAUCUCCCUCUACCGGCCGCAGACCCCGAACGGCCUUCACCACCGAACAAAUCAACAGUCUCGAGAGAGCCUUCAAGAGGAACGCUUAUCUGGGAGCCCAGGACAAAGCUGAGCUCUGCAAAAGACUAAAUCUGUCUGAUAAACAGAUCAGAAACUGGUUCCAGAACCGACGCAUGAAGCUGAAACGGACCGUUCAGGACAGUCUGGCUCACGCCUGUCAGGCCAAGGUAGCCUCGCAUAUGAUGCAUUACUCCGAUCGGCACAGUUUCCGUGCCGCUUCGUAUCCCAGCUACUACCAAGAGAGCCUGGCACCUUACGGCCCGGGAUUCCACUACAGCCCUGCUACAGCCGGAGGCCUGCCGUCCCUGCCUGUGGAGGCCCUGUAUCAGUACAGCACCCUACAGAGCAUCAACCCUUCCAUGAUGAGUCCAUACCAGCCCUAUCACUCGCAGUACUACAGCACACAGUGAGACGAGAGAC